CUGGUGGCGGGAAGCUUGAGUUCCUGGUGCGCCGAGCCGCCGCGGCGAUGUGUAGUGCGUUCCAUAGGGCUGAGUCUGGAACGGAGCUCCUUGCCCGACUUGAAGGUAGAAGUUCCUUGAAAGAAAUAGAACCCUAUCUGUUUGCUAAUGAAGAUUCACCUGUGCUUGGUGAUAUUCUUGAAUUUCAUGGUCCAGAAGGAACAGGAAAAACAGAAAUGCUUUAUCAUUUAACAGCACGUUGUAUACUUCCAAAAUCAGAAGGUGGACUGGAAGUAGAAGUCUUGUUUAUUGAUACAGAUUACCACUUUGAUAUGCUUCGGCUCGUUACAGUUCUUGAGCAUAGACUCUCCCAAAGUUGUGAAGAAGUAGUCAAACGUUGCCUUGGAAGAUUUUUUUUGGUAUAUUGCAGUAGCAGCAUCCAGUUACUUCUCACACUUUAUUCACUAGAAGCUAUGUUCUGUGGUCACCCCUCUCUCCGCCUUUUGAUCGUGGAUAGCCUGUCGGCUUUUUACUGGAUAGACCGUGUCAAUGGAGGCGAAAGUGUUAACUUACAGGAGUCCACUCUGAAGAAGUGUUCGCAGUUCUUAGAGAAACUUGUAAAGGAGUACCGCUUGGUUCUUUUUGCAACAACACAAAGUAUAAUGCGGAAAACCUCGCACUUAAGAGAAGGGCCUUCCUCUGCCUUCACUCAUCCGAGCGACGCGGGUGUGGACUACAGACCUUACCUCUGUAAGGCCUGGCAACAAGUGGUAAAGCACCGGAUUUUCUUCUCCAAAGAUGAUUCUAAAACCAGCAACCAAUUUUCUUUAGUUUCACGUCAUUUAAAAAGUAACAAUUUAAAAAAACAUUUUUUUAUUAUUGGAGAAAGUGGGGUUGAGUUUUGUUCAUAUGUAUCAUAAAAUGGUCUUUUUGCAGGAUGGUGUGCAAGUUUUAAAAAGUCUUUAAUAGGCUGAAGUGAUUCCAUUCUGAAGUUUUAAACCCCAGGGGAAUUAGCAUAACAGUGUUUCUACACAGAAUGGAUUUCUUAAUCUAGCACAGUAAAACUUCAGACUAUUCUGUACCUAGGUUAUUGAAGAUUAGUCAAAAUUAUAUUGACAAUUAAAUUGUAUGUUAAGCUUGUUUUUAAACUAAAUAAAUAAUAUACACAUUUCAGCCUAAAUAAAAUGGACUUUUAUAACUCUGUGUCACAUUUCUGGAAUUCAGUUAAGCACUUAUUUGUUUAGGAAGUUUAAAUGCAUUUCUAAUUUCUCAUGUAUAACUCCUUUAGGAAGCUGUGACUUUGGAAAAUGUUUCUGUAGAGCUAUUAUUUCUGUAAAGGGGAUGAAAACGAGCUUACGCAUCUGCCUUUCACACCAAAAACUAUGGAAAAUCAGAGCAUUUUGAUCUGUGACACUAAGUUCCAAGAUGGAACUGCAUUAUGGUUGGGUUUCUAUAUAAUUUUUUUUUUAAGAUUUUAUUUU